AAUCCGGGAAGAAACUUUACAAGCACAAGUCGCUAUCUGCAGAUUCUGAGUCUUUGAAAAAAUAAACACAUAUCUGCAAAGAAUAAAUCGAUAAGAGUAACCAUGAAUGAUGUCAUACGAAUUCACCCCUUUCAGUUCGUUCAUGUAUUGGAUUUGGUAGGCUACUCACUACUAAUUAAAUUCUGCCUUGUAAUGUCUGUCACCACUCAACUCCACCACUGAAGUCCACUCACUGUCUGAACUGUCUCAAGCCUCAACUCAUCAGUCCUCAGUCUGUCGUCACUUGUGACAGUGUUCUGUUCAAUAUGCCAUCUGGCUAAUUUAAUCAAUUUAAUAAAAUAAUCACACUAAUAGUUACAGUUACAAUAGUAACAAGGCAACAAGAACAAGGCUAAGCACCAAAUCAAGGUGUAUUGAAACGCUUGGUAAAAUGAUCAACAUCACACAAUUCUUUCAAAGUGUGAGGACCAGUGUAAUGAUAUAUGUAUAAACUGAAAAGUAAAUCCAGUGCACAAAAUUCACAAUUUUUAAUUUAUGGGUUUUGCAGGAUAUAAAAAUAUAAUCUACGUUAACUCAUCCCUGCCCUUCUGAAGGGGGACAAAACUUAAUGUGUCUUGCACUUCAUUCCCUUCAUAAGCACCUCUAUAGUAAGAGUAAGAGGCAGAAAAAGGGACAGACAGUUUCGUUGAAACACCCCUCUGCAUAAGAUAAAGUUGAAGCGUAUAAAAUAGUUUUUAUCAUCAAGUGAACUCAAAUCUCUUAAUAGCGUCACAGUAAUGCACAAUGUCUUUGGGGCCAUCCUUAAAUGACAAUAUGCGUCAUGCAUCCUGGGGUGGGGGUGGGGGUGGUGGUUAUUAAUUUGUGACAAGGUGUGAGAAAAGUGUCAUAUGUGUUAUAAAUUUGUGAUGAUAUUUGGGAUGGGGUGGGGGUAAAAAAUAGGCCAAAAUAGCAUGACAUCAUUUUUGGUUAGCUGGUUUCCAUAAGGGCAUUAGAAAAAAAAAUAUAUAGCUUAUAGACGCUAUAGAAACUAUAUUAUCCCAUAGAUGACAUAGCAGUGUGAGGCAUGGAUUAUUUCAUCUGGAUUGUAAAUUAAAUUCUGCAUUUGAAAAAAAAGGCUAUAAAAAUGUCCUUACCAUACAAUUUUUAGAAAUAAAUCAAUGCAGACAUUUGCACAGACUUGAACAAAAAAAUGAAAAGUGAAAUUUGAACAAAAUUAAAAGACACUAACUGCCAUUUAGGGAUAAAUGAUUUGGAAAUAAAUAUUAUUGGAAUUGUACCACAUUGAAAGAAAUGAGGGUGCCAAAGAUGACGAUGAACUUAUGGCAUCGAAUGCCUUCUAUACAUAACACAAGAGUAAGGAAGACAAAUCACACAUAGGUCAAUAAAUGGCCUAUGCUACAACACAAAUACUCUAUUACAAAUGUAGGCCUACUGCCCAGAAUGCAAUAUACUGAAAACCUUUGAGCUUUUUUUUUUAAAUUUAAAUGCUGAGUCAUUUACCAUUUUUAUGCAAUAUGCCUAUAUUUAAUAAUAUUUAAUCUUCUCUUAUUUUCUUAGAAUAAAAAUAUUGUUCAUCUGGAGGUGGGACCAAAAACAUUGAUACUGAAGAGCAACCAUUCACUAGUAGCUGGUCCCCUGAAUAUGAUUGUUGUACCUCCUGGCUCCUAUUGUGUCAUAAAUGAUCCUGUUAGGUGAGUGGAAUCUGGAGCAUGAAAUAAUUAAUUAUUUGUACAAUUGUACAUUUAAAAAAACCAGGGCUGUAGAGAUGACUGAUUUUUAACCUCCUCAACUCGUCUGUGCAUAAAUUUUUAUCCACUGUGAACACAGUUUGUUUCAAGAAAUGGCGUUUUUUUUAUUUAAUGCUGAUUUGGUGAUGGAGAAAGCUUUUUGUUAAUUUGUUUCAAUAUGGGAUGGGGUGAAAAAAGUCUAGACUAGAAAAAAGUCAGUGAAUUUUUACCAUCAAGGUUUAGAUGUCUUAAGCUGAAAAAGAUUAUUUAUAUUUAUUAAUAACAUAACCUGAAAAUGGAACAAAGUUAGUUCCAACAUUUGAUUUAGAGCUGUUCAUUGUCUUAAUGUUUCUCACUUUUCUUUAUGUUAAUAAAAAUAAUAAUAAUUUAAAAAAAAAAAAUAUUUCUCACAGAUUUUAAAAGGGUGGCUGAUCUGUGGGCCCAUCACCUUAAAUUUUUCAACCCAUUGACUGUAUAUCUUAUAUGAACUUAUAUCUUCAUUCAGGAUUAUAUUCAGUCUUGUCAAAAACACACAAUUGAAAUAUAUAUUUAACACUUUUUGUGACUAUGUAUGCGAUUUUAGUUUAACUUCUAAAAUGUAAGGAUUUAUAUAAACACUGCUAGGUAAAGAAAAACAAAAUGUUCACAAGCAUUUCUUCUGUUACUCUCCGGUUAAGUGUUGAAUGAUGAAAAUAUAAAUAAAGGUAUGUGCCAAAAAUCCAUCCCUGAAUUUGACAUUUUUAACUAAUUUUAUUGGAGAUUGGGCUCAGCCCCCCUCCCCUGAACUAUCCUCUAAUUUACUUUAACGACUUUUGUGGGCUUCUUCAAAUUCUAGUCCAUCAAUCAAAUAUUUCUUUCAACAAGGAAAUCACAGGCACCUUUAAAUCAACAAUUUGCACUGCAUACUAGGUUUGUUCACAAAAUUUAGUGGAUAAUUGGGCAAUAAUGAAAUUCAAACUUCCAUUUUUAUGGUGCAACUUUGUUUCUACACAGAGACUGAGAAAGUUACAUUGUGAUCUUAGAACACUAAAGUUUUUCAAUUUCAAAUAAUUUUGUUUCUUGUUUUGUCUUGUCUGCUGAAGAAGGCAUUUAGAUGAAACUUCCUUUUAAUUGUUCUGUCUUUUUUUUUUAAGCCUAAAAACCUCUUGUUCCACCAUUUAUUUAUUCACAUGGCUUGAACAGACUCAUCCAUAUAUUUUCCAUAUUCAAAAAGAGAGUUCCUAGUGUAAAGGGAGCAAACUCUUUCACAGUCUGUAUUCAUUAUUUAACACCUUCAAGUUAAUGGGAAAGACAGAAUAAAGUGGUUGCUUUAUCAUUUUACAGACCUGCUGCCAAUACAGAAUGGCUUAAAGGUGAUUUUAUUUUUUGCAGAAUAAAUGAACAAGAUGUUACUAUGUGUGGCAUGCAGACAUCAUGGUCUAGGUUGUGGAGACAUCUAAAUCAUUUGGUUCAACGUCAUGGCUCCGUGUAUAUAUUUUUAAGAUAUCUCAAGACUAUUGGAAAAAUAAAGUCAUAUACAUAAUAAUAUAUAGACAUGUGAUGGUGCUAGGCUGAAUGGAAAUAUGUUUGUGCUUAAAAAUUAAGCUAAUGAUUUCAUAUUAGAAGUUCUGCAAAUGUGUCUGAUGCUCUAAAAAGAUGUGACUAUGUUGGACUUUCAACUGAUCUAAUGGGUAUCAAUAAACUUUCUGAUCUAUCUUGUUUGUAUUAGAAGUUAUGCGAAAUGAGUCUGAUACUCUACCAUGAGAUGACUAUCCUGAACUUUCAGCUGAUGCAAUCUGUAUCAAUAAACCUUCUGAUCUGUUAUGUUUUUAUUAGCAGGAAUGAUGCCACUAACAUUGCAUAUAUUUUUGAGAGGAUAUUUUAAUGUACUUUUUAAUGGUUUACAUCAUAUAAAACUUGAAGUCCUUUGGUGCAGUACUCACUCUUCACUUUUUGUUUUGAAAUUUUGUGUUAUUUGUUCAAUAAAUGGAAUUAAAAAAACGGCGAACAUGAAUAUGAUCAACUUUGAAUUUUUUUCCACAACCUUACAGCAUAGAGUAUUUUAAAGAGCCAAAUUUUAAGAUUAUACCUGUGUGCUAUCAUCUGAUAACCAUAUGACUUAAGAAUAAAUAAAUUAUUGUGUUCAUCGUUUAUUUUAUUUAUGAUGUUAAUGACAUGUUGCCUGUGAAACCAUUUGUGUUGGCCAUCCCUUCUUUAAAAUCAUUGGAAGAUUAUUUAUGGUUUUUCCCCCCCACAAAAUGAAAUUCCUGUAUGUAUUGGCGUAUAACAUGCCCCCGCGUAUAACUAUAACACACACCUCAAUUUAAGAAGGAAAUUUCAGGAAAAAAAAACUAAAAAUUAUAUCGGCGUAUAACACGCACACAUGAUUUACCCCCUAUUUUCGGGGAGAAAAAGUUUGUGCUAUACGCCAAUAAAUACGGUAGUUUCCUCUUUGUAAAAUAUUAUUUUGCUACUAGUGCUCCUUAGAAAUUAAUACCUAUACUUCAUUCAGAGAACAAUUAGAUAUGAAUGCAGCAAAAUUCUAUAAGUAUAAGAUAACUGAUGUAGCUAUUCUUCUGACAUCUUUCACUAUUCAUUUUAUUUCAUUUUUCAGGUCGUACACUCCAGGUGAAAAGUCUGAACAUGACUUGGGGCAAACGUUAGUCAAAUUUCAUGCUGUAAGUUCUUUUAAUUCUAAGGAUAGAUGAUAAGUAAGAGAUAUUUUCUUCAUUAAAAAAAAUGCUAAAUAGCUAAUGAUCUUCAAAGUCAUAAAAUUAAGUCUAUUAAUUGCAUGAUACUCCGUGUAGUAUUUGGCCAUUGUAAUUUUAAAUGACGCUAUUGGUCUUAUAGUUUGAAGAAAAGCUGGUGCCAGUUGCAAGGAAGUUACCUUAUGUCUCUCUUUUGAAUACAGUCACUGUUUGAAGUUGUACCUAUUCAAGAUAACUAAUCGUGAGGGCUUAAAAUCUAAUCAUGUUUUAAAUAAAAAAGCUGUCUGAAUUAUCAGCGUCACAGUUGGGGACGAUUCCAUGUCACAGACAGACUCUCCAUUUAUCAAAACACUAAACUCUUGUGCAAACUUUUUAAAAAGUUGUUGAAAUAUUUUUAUUCAGGAGCCUUUUCCACUUUACCCUGGGGAGUAUUUAGCUGCCGCUCCACAGUUUUUGAAUGGCUCGACUGACUAUUCAUCAGCUAUCAAACCACUGCCUGUGGUGAAGGCAAACUGUGCCAUUAGGCUCGAGGCUGUGAUGGAUCAUCUUGACAAUGACAUCCAGAGGUUUGCUGGAGACAUGUGGCAGCUAAAAGGACCUCUCACCUACAAGCCCAGACCAGAAGUGGUAUUUAUGGAUGGUCACAGAUUUCAGUUUAAUAAAGAUUAGUGUAAAAAUUUAAAAUAAUUUUUUUUUAUCUUUUCUGUGAAGAGUUUAUUUUUCUUGAACAGCUUGUUUUACUAACAGUGUUUUUCUGUUUUCAGAGGAUAGUAAAGAUCAUUGAACCUCAGGUCAUUAAGAGUGGGCAGGUGGUGAAGCUCAGAGCCGUCCAGGAUACCACAGACAAUAUGGACAAGUCAGUUAUGAAUUAUGCCUUUAAAUUCAAGCCAAUAGGCAAUAUGUUACAGUCAACCAACAGCUUUGGUUUGGUGUUGUUGAUGGAUGUCUCCAUUAAUAAGAAAAAAACAAACAAACGGGGAUUGUAUCAAAUGCUGACAUUCCUUUAUUAACUUUAUAAUUAUAAUUUGUAAGGUCAUUUGAUUAAAAUAAACCUUCAACGAGACAUCUGACAAAACUGACCAUCCCAAAUGAUUGAACAUAGAUAAAUUUAUCAUGGAAUGUCAUUUCUUGAACUCCUCAUGUCCCCGUUGGUCAAUGGUACUCUAUUUUUCUUUCCAUUUAAAGGAACUUAUUCUAAAUGUAAAUAUAAUAGCAAUAGUUACCUACCAGAGCACACACAAAACUCAUGACCAUAAAUUCAAAUCAAAAUUAACAGAAACUGGUUUACAGAUCAGCUGUGGUAGUUUAUAGAAUUAUAUAAUUAGUUUUGUUAAAGUUUUUACAUUUUAAUACUUAAUUUGUUUGUUUAAAUGAAAUUGAUUAUUAUUAUUAAACACAUCCAUUCCCCCCCCCCCCAAUUAUUUAUAAAAGAUUGAGUCUUAUAAAUAUGUGACACUUCUAUACCGAUUAGACAGAAAUAUACAGAAUAAUAAAGAAACCCUUCAAAUGUUGUUAGCAGAUACAUGAUUUAUUAUUUAAUAUGCAUAUAUACGAUCAUCUUUUUUUUCUUUCAGCUUUUAUACUUUUUGCUUUGAAUGAUUAUCACUCAAUUUUUAUCCCAAAACUUGACAGGUUUAGAGUCACCGGGGAGGAAUGGCUUGUGAAAGAACCAGGUGCUUAUCUGCCUGGUGUAUUUGAGGAGGUCAGUAUCAGAUAAGAUAUCAACCUUCCAUUCCAUAAAAGUAUUUAUGUUCAAUCAUCAUCUUUUUUUGUUCAUUGCAUAGCUUACCACUACUUCAUCUUAUUACUUUAUAAUAUUCAAGAAAUUAAUUUUCUAUCAUUUCAAUGCUUAUCACUACUUCAUCUUAUUACUUUAUAAUAUUCAAGUAAUUUUUUUGUCCCUUCAGUUAACGCUCUUGAUAUAGUUUAAAAAAAAAAAUGUUUGUACAGGUAUUUGAUAGAAAUACCGCCUGGCUUCACUCAAACUUUAUCACAAAUUGUUGCACAAAAAACCAGAAAUAACUAUAUUCAUUGUGUCAUCAUUAUCCUGGCAUGCUUUAUAUAAUAGUGUGUCAGUGGCUUUACUUUCCAACCAGAACCUGCACACCGUCAAUGUCUCCACAGUGAUCUUUGAUUUUUACAAUCAAUAUGUUUUAACAUUCCUAAUAGGCAGAACAGUCAUCCCUGGGUUUAGUCAGCAAUAUAGGAUUCCCUCUCUGGCCAUUCCCUGUCACAGACUCUGCAGACUGUCUCCAGAAACUGAACAUAUUUGUUGGGUUGGUUUGGGCUGUUUUAGAAAUCAUACAGGAUCAUCAUGUCCAGGGUCAGCAGUGUCUGUGAGAUGUCUUUCAUGAUCUCUAAGAGAGAGAUAGUGUCCACUAGAUCCAGGGGCUUUAGGGGUUGAUGUGGUCCACAUGAUCCUGGUGCCUAGAGGUUGAUGUGGUCCACAUGAUCCAGGUGCCUAGGGGUUGAUGUGGUCCACAUGAUCCAGUUGCUUAGAGGUUGAUGUGGUCCACAUGAUCCAGGUGCUUAGAGGUUGAUGUGGUCCACAUGAUCCAGAUGCUUAGGGGUUGAUGUGGCGACAUGAUCCAGGUGCCUAGGGGUUGAUGUGGUCCACAUAAUCCAGGUGCUUAGGGGUGGAUGUGGUCCACAUGAUCCAGGUGCUUAGGGGUUGAUGUGGUCCACAUGAUCCAGUUGCUUAGAGGUUGAUGUGGUCCACAUGAUCCAGUUGCUUAGAGGUUGAUGUGGUCCGCAUGAUCCAGUUGCUUAGGGCUUGAUGUGGUCCACAUGAUCCAGGUGCUUAGGGGUUGAUGUGGUCCACAUGAUCCAGGUGCUUAGGGGUUGAUGUCGUCAACAUGAUCCAGGUGCCUAGGGGUUGAUGUGGUCUACAUGAUCCAGGUGCUUAGGGGUGGAUGUGGUCCACAUGAUCCAGGUGCUUAGGGGUUGAUGUGGUCCACAUGAUCCAGGUGCUUAGGGGUUGAUGUGGUCCACAUGAUCCAGGUGCUUAGGGGUUGAUGUGGUCAACAUGAUCACAUGAUUCAGUUGCUUAGGGGUUGAUGUGGUCCACAUGAUCCAGGUGCUUAGGGGUUGAUGUGGUCCACAUGAUCCAGGUGCUUAGGGGUUGAUGUCGUCCACAUGAUCCAGGUGCCUAGGGGUUGAUGUGGUCUACAUGAUCCAGGUGCUUAGGGGUGGAUGUGGUCCACAUGAUCCAGGUGCCUAGGGGUUGAUGUGGUCCACAUGAUCCAGGUGCUUAGAGGUUGAUGUGGUCCACAUGAUCCAGGUGCUUAGGGGUUGAUGUGGUCAACAUGAUCCAGUUGCUUAGGGGUGGAUGUGGUCCACAUGAUCCAGGUGCCUAGGGGUUGAUGUGGUUCACAUGAUCCAAGUGCUUAGAGGUGGAUGUGGUCCACUUGAUCCAGAUGCUUAGGGGUUGAUGUGAUCCACAUGAUCCAAGUGCUUAGGGAUUGAUGUUGUUCACUUGGUGACUGGGCAGAAGUAUGAACACAGAGUAAUUGAGAUUCUAAGUCAGGCACAGAGGGAUCAUUGUAAAACAAAAUACAAAGACUAGAAUAGACACCUGCUUGAGGAAGAUUAAGACCUGGUUUAUUAAUGAGAGGUGGGGUAGCCUGCUCCUGUGGAUCCAGAUCCAUAACUGGAUCUUCAGUCACACCUGAUGGAUCACUGUUGAAACAGGGAUGAACAGUACAACAAGAGCAGGAGUACUUUUGUGAAGAUGCCCAUGCAGACACAUUUAAGCAAAAAGUGUCCAUGAAUGCUACAGAUGCGGCGGUGCCUUGUACAUCUGUGCAGUCACUGCCUCUAAACAAGAGUGAUAUUAUUUUCCCCAACACUGCUACUCAACCUGCUACACAACCUCUGCAAGGUUCAAAUGCAGACCAACUCCCAUAACAAGGAAGCUUAGGUGGUCAUACGUCUACCACUCUUAGAUAGCCAUACGUCUACCACUCUUAGAUAGCCAUUGUCCACCACUCCUUUGUUGGGUUAUCAAAGUUGCUGUCUGUACUGAAUGAAACUGAUGGAGCUGAAACUGAAACAUUUCCAAAAAAACAAAACAAAUUCUGUUAGAUUUAGUUUUUAUUUACUCUUUAUUUAAGUUUGUUUAAAUUUAAAAAAAAAAAUCACAUCAAUUUAAAAUGUAAUAAAUCAAAUUGACUGGGCUCUUUAACCAUGUCAUCACAGGUUGUAUCUGUUGAAGAUGUUAUUACACUAACAUCAGAUGUUGCAUUACACCUUAGGGCCACGCAGACACUCACUGAUCUUGAAGGUCAGAUAAGGUAAGAAUUAGUCGGCACCUUCAGUGUACCUUGCAGGUAAGAAUAACUUGGCAAAUUUAGAGUACCUUGCUGGUAAGAAUUAGUCGGCACAUUCAGAGUACCUUGCAGGUAAGAAUUAGUCGGCACCUUCAGCGUUCCUUGCAAGUAAGCAUUAGUCGGCGCAUUAUUACCUGCAAGGUAGGAAUUAGUCUGUACCUUGCCUUUAGCGUACCUUGCCUUACUGUACCUUGACAUUCUACAGUAUUCUACUUGUAAAUUUAUUUCUCCCAAAACACUUGAAGUUUUUUUAAUAGACUAGAAAUAUUUGUUUCAAAUUAUGUUUAUGUCACAGAAAAGCUCUUUAUUUAACAAUUUUGGCAGCUGUCUGGUAGCAGGUUCACAUGCAACUAGAGCGCCCCAGCUGUCUGGUAGCAGGUUCACAUGCCACUGAAGCGCCCCAGCUGUCUGGUAGCAGGUUCAUGUGCAACUGAAGCGCCCCAGCUGUCUGAUAGCAGGUUCACGUGCAACUGAAGCGUACCAUCUGCCAACAACUGCUUGGGUGGUAGUUUUUAUUGUGAGGAUGAAAAGUCUAAAUUCAAAAUCUAAACCACCAAAGUUAGAGGUCAUCUUCCAUCAAUGUCAUCUGCUCUCUUUAUUCUCACAGUUUAUUAAAAAGCUAAAUAUAAUUUUUUACUUGAAAAAUAUAAUGCACUAAUUUACUUUUCCCUUUGAUCAAGAAAAUUAAAUUAAAAUCUUAAAUUAUAUCUCAUUAGACAUGCUGGAGAAGAGUGGCUUCUUACCAGUGAUAUCUCUACCGAAUAUUCCCCGCAAGUUGGCAUGGUAAGUUAUUACUUUGAGCAAAUCAUAUCAGUAAAAUUAACUUUUAAUUAGCCAUAUUAUUUUGAUUUAUAAUUUUUUAUUAGAGUAUUAGUAGAAAUAAAGCAUUGGCUCUCUUUUUAAAAACAAAAGCAAAUUGAUACUGUUUUCACAUAAUGUGGUUUUAGAAACGUGAAUGCUUCACAACAAUAAUUAUGCAAAGAAAACCAAUAGAAAAAAACUGUUUUAUUCCAACAUAUGGAUUGCUCUUAUUUGGUAUCAAGACUUGGUUCAUUAGCUAAUUCAUUCUGUGUUUUUUAAGGAAGAAUUUUAUAAAAUUUACGGCGCUUUAUUUCCAUCAGUUUAUUUUACUGGUUAUUGGAAGUUUAUAGAUGCAUAGACUCUUGAGAGGGACAUUUUUUAAAACAUCCUCUGAGAUGUCAAUAUAACAAUAAGAGAUAUCCCUAAAAUAGUAUUGCAAUAAAUGACUUUGUCGUGAAUUUCUGUAUGUAAAUAGAUAAAGUAUUUAUCAGAAAUCAAAUUACCUCCUACAUUUCCAGGAAGUUGUCCAGGUGGUAACUAAGACAGUUGUUAAAAGAGGUCAAUAUGCAGUUAUUCUAAACCCAGCCGAUAAAGAGGGUAAACCACAAUUGGGACAAAAAGUUCUACGACAAGGACUUUGCAGUUUCUUCCUCCAGCCUGGUAAUUUCAGCUCUAGUUUUCUUUAUAUUAUCUUUGACGAUGAAAAGAAGUCUGUUCAUUACCUUCAAAAUGGCUAAAUUAAAACAAUUUUUUUUUAUCUGAUUAAUUAGACACAUAGACACAAACAAUUUGUGUAAAUAAAACAAUAUAUCUUCAGCUUUAAUGACGAUUUUACAAAAUACAUAUGUAGAUCUUUCAGCAAAUGCCUUCAUCAGUACAAAAAACAAAACAUUUAAAUAUAAAUUAAAUUUACAUAAAUAUAGUUACAUGUAACCUACCUAAAAAAAUAGAAAGAAUAAGAAUGGGUGAAACCAGACAAAAACUUUAACAUUUGUAUUUUGUAAAAUCAUCUUUAAAGCUGAAGAUAUUUAGUUUUAUUUACUCAAUUGUUUGUGUCUCAUUAAUCUACUUUAUAGCUUUAACACAGUCCAACCCUCUUAUAAUUAGUUAUUUUUAAACUGAAAUUAUUUAUUUGGUAAAUGGUGAAGAUUUUUAUAAAACAUGUUUCAUGAAAACAGCAUUUAAAUCUUGUUCCAUUUAGUACCAAUCAUAAUUCCUGUUCUAAAAAUGUUAAAACUAAUUUUUUUUUGCUCUUUGAAAAUAUGUUAGCCUGCUAAAAUAACCUGAUCUUGUUCUUGUGUAAAUAAAGGAGAGUCUCUGGAACAUGGCUCUAUCCAGAAUGCUUGUGUUCUCUCUGAGAAUGAAUCGGUUCUCUUACAGGCAUUGGACACCUUUGUUGAAAAAGUUGACGAAAGUGGGUGAAAAAAUAAAUGUUAAUAAUUUAAUGUUUUAUAAAAUAAUCAAUCAGCUCAAUAGCUGAAGGCAUAAAUUAAGUUUCGUAUAUAAAACCUGUUUGUAAUGCUGAAAAAAAUAAAUACAUUAUACUUUUUAAAAAAAAAUGUUUAGUGCCCCUUCUGUUUAACACAAUAAAUUUUAUCUAGCACUUUUGAUUGAAUGAAAAAGCUUUAAUCCACUUGCUAUAAAACAGUUCAAUCAUUAUUAAAUCAAAUAGGAAAGAAUGUUUUUGUUUUUAUUAAUCGAUUUGAGAACCCCAUUCUGUCAUCAGAAAAAACUUUGACAAGAAAGACAGGAGAUAUUUGGCUGAUCAAAGGCCCACAGAAUUACAUCCCUUCAAUAAAUGUGAAAAUUAUUCAACAAAGGUGAAUUAGUAGGAUAGCUUUGAUGUUGCUGGCUGUUAAAGAAGCAUUGCUUACCCUUCUUUUGCACAUCUUUUUAAUAAGUGGUGUUGUUUAUUACACAUUAUGUCAUGCAAUGGAGACUGGGAAUGUCUCUGACUUUCAGAGCUUUCUCAUGAGUUUCUUAAUGAGUUUUGUCAUCAACAAUUGAAUAGAAAAUUUUUUUCUGUAUCAUCUUAAUUUGAUAAGUACACUUACUCCAAUUUCAUAAGUAUAUAGUAUAUGAACCAUACUAAUGUAUUAAUAUGCUUUUAAAAUGUACUUUUUAGGAAAACAAUUCCCUUGAGCAAAAACGAAGGAGUUUAUGUUCAAGACAAGCAUUCAGGAAAAGUAUGUAAUGGAGCAAGUUUUAAUUCAACACUUUUAAAUGGACAGUUGUAAGGAGCUGUCAUUUCCAAAUAUAACUUUAGUAUUUUUAUGAAUGUUGGUUACCUUUUUUCACAGGUCCGACUCGUCAUGGGUCCAUGUGCCUACAUGCUCACUGCCACUGAGGAAUUGUGGAAGAAAGAACUUGGUGAAGAAACAGAGCAGCUACUGAGGUAAGAAUCAUUAUCUUCUGAAUAUAAUUUGAAAAGUAUCACAAAAAUGUCGAUCAUGUUUUGUUUUUUUUGGUUUUGGUUAUAAUUCAGUUUUUUAAAUGAUGGGUAGAAUUGUUUCUAUUAAGAUUUUUUUCUAUUAAGAUUGUUUCUAUUAAAUUGUUUCUAUAAAUUUAAUUAAAGUCUCACCUAAUGUAACAAAUAAGAUCAACAACUGAAUUAACAUUUAUCAAUUUGUUUUCUCAAGAAAUAAAAAAAAACUCCAGUCUGCUGCUAGUAACUAAUUACCCUCUAAUAUUUAAACCAUUAAAAAAAUUAAUUUGUUAUAGUCACAGUUAAACAUUACAAUGCUAAAUAACAGAAACUAUUUUUUAACCAAUUGAAAAACAUAUUUUCCAAAUGUUAAUAUUGUUUUAUUAGGGAUAACUAGUCCAUAGAUGAUUUCAAUUUUAUAAAAUGUUUUUUUUUCAAGCCAUGGUGGUGGCUUAGGUUCUGGAGAUAUAAGGAAGCUUGCCUACUAUGAACAGUCGAUAGACCCAUCUAUUGCCAUGGUAAAUUUGACAUCUUUUAUUAUUUUUACAGUAUGUUGACAUUCCAUUUUUACAACUAAAAUGGUCAUCAUGGUAUCACCAGGUCCGACCAUAUUACUUUUGGUCAUUUAGAGAUUAUAAAAUGUGUUAGAGAUAAUGGUAUGUUGAUAGAAAACUAUUUCCAUAAAACUAUUUGCCAGAAUUUGGUGGGGAAAUUUGACUCAAAUGGUUUCUACAGCAAAUUAAUCAUCACCAAAAAAACAUUUUUUGUACAGAGAUUUGUGUGUGCCUCUCAUUAAGAAAAUAAAAUAUUUUACUUUAGAAGUUAUUUUCUGUCAACAGGGCCGUGAUAAAACAAGAGUAGUUACCUACCGAUGCCCCAGCAACACAGCUGUGCAAGUCUACGACUACAUUAAGAAAACAGCACGUGUCAUUUUUGGUCCAGAUUUGGUUGUAUUGGGCCCUCAUGAGAAUUUCAAUGUACUUGGUCUUAGUGGUAAGUGGGGAAUAGUUUACUGUAGAGUGACAAAUUAUUUUGUUGGUUAUAAACACUUUAGUUGAUUUAGAUGAAACAUGUGCUAAUUCCACAAUACUAAUAUUUCACAUUGAAACUAAAUUCUGUGAAAUAUGGGUGUCAUUGCUUAGUUUAAUCAUUUAAUAGAUGUAAAAUCUGAAACUUAGCAUACCCUGAGCUUCAAAUAAAAAUUUUGAAAUAAAGCUUUUAGAAGUUGAGUAAGUUAAAUUAUGUCCAAGCACAACAAUUUUGUGAUUAUUUAUAAAUACAAGUCUAAGCUUGUUUUUUUUGUUUUCAGCUGGUAAGCCAAAGAAAGAAGGUGCGUUAAAAUCCCUUUGCUUAAUGCUAGGACCUGAUUUUAUAUCUGAAAUAAUUGAGGUAUGUUUACUUAUAAUAUUUGACCUGAAAUUAUUAAAGUACGAGCAUCUGCAAAUUUUUACACUAUGAUUCAAACAUACUGGUUCAUUCGUAGUGAAUGAUGUGAAUUGCACUUGUUAAGGAGCUGCUUAAAACUAAUGCAGUAUUCAAAAUAUUAUUAGCCCACAACCGUGAUGAAUGGAAAAUUCCUGUGGAUGGCCUAUGCCUAUGACCUAGACAGGGAAAAAAGACAUAAGAAAGAAAAUAUUGUUAAUUAAAUAAUAAAUAUGAUCUGUAGAAGGCUUAAUUAGGUGCAGUUUGGCCUCCAUAGUUUUUCUCAAUGCUUCUUCUUUAAUUUCUGAGUUUCUUUCACUACCAAUAAAGGUUGAAACUUCUGAUCAUGCAAGGCUUCGACUUCAGUUGGCUUUUAACAACCAUUUUGAAGUAAGUCAUGGAACAGUUCCUGUUAAUUUAAGAUCAUACAACAAUUAUAUUUAUAGACUUUUUUUUCAGAAUUCAAUUCACAGAUAUGUUGAUUAGAAUUAAUAAAUUAGCAUCUAAUGAAUAAUGACAAAUUAUGUGAUUAACAUUAUUUCAUUAAUUAUAUCAGAAACAUAGCCAGAUUUUUCUUUUAACUUUUAUCUUUAUAAUUCUGAACUCACUGCUUAAAAUAAUUUUUUUCAGGUAGAUAAAGAUGAUGAACUUAGUGCUCAAAAAAUAUUUUCUGUGCCAGAUUUUAUAGGCUUCGCUUGUCGCCAGAUUGGUAUGUGCAAUACUGCUGCAUAAGUUUAAAAUGAUUUUUUUUAGUUAAAAUGAAGACUUACACUGAGUAAUGUGCAUUAAACAAUAUACUGAGCUGGAUCAAGGUUUACUGUUGACAAAACAAAGAAAUGAAAGAUUUUGGCCAAAAUCUUUAUGAGCAGAUGUAAAAUAAUGAAAAAAAUUUCAAAUUUAAAUUUUAUCGCAUGAAAUAAUUAUUUAAAGAACAGUUUUAUUUUAAUGCUAUAUUCUCAUUCCAAAAAUUAACUUCCAUUGCUGGAAAUGUCAAAUGAAAUCCUACAGGUAGUAGAAUUCGUGCCAGGGUUGCCCUCACUACCUUUGAUUCAUUUCACCGGUAUUCUGCCCAGAUAAUACAGUCUGCUGUGUUUGGUAAUGACGCAUUAUUGGGAGAUCCUAGAACCAUUCUUAAAUUUGAUGUCAACAACUUGGUAAGAGACAGAUAGUUGUUAACUUUUAAUUCUCAAUUUUUAUUCAUUUGUCAGAUAUUUGGACACAAUGGAAAAAAAUUUUUAAAGUGAGAAACUAAAUUAAAUUUUAAUUUAAUUUUCUAAAAGUCUUAAGAAAAAUAAAUUUUAUGAAAUAAUUUGAACUUGGGCAAACUGUUUUUGACACUUUCGUGUCAAUCUAUUCUUCAACACUUAGGUGUCAAACUAUUCUUCAACACUUAGGUGUCAAUAUAUUCGUCAACACAUAGGUAUCAAACUGUUCUCCAACACUUAGAUGUCAAGCUGUUCUUCAACACUUACGUAUCAAUAUAUUCGUCAACACUUAGGUAUCAAACUGUUCUCCAACACUUAGAUGUCAAACUAUUCUUCAACACUUAGGUGUAAAACUAUCCUUCAACAAGGUUUCCUGAAAAUUCUAUUAAUUUCCAGAAAAGUUUUUAAAUAGAAAAUGUGGUACCCUCACUAAAAAGACAUGUUAAACUGUACUGAAAACUUAUUGUAUUUAAACAAUUUUAAAUUUUGCUAUUUAAAGUUAGGAGUUUAAUUGCAUCUUGUGGCUCAAGAUUUGAGAAAUUAAAUCAUUGGUUAUUUUAAGCAGACCUGUUUAUCUUACUUUUUUCAUAUACAAUGUACCAUUCUGAGAUGUCUUUUACAAUUGUACACCGAGAUCUGUCAGACCGACAAUUUUAUGAGACCAGGUUAAAAAAUUAUAUUCAGUUGGUUUUUAAGAUUUAAAAAAAAUAUCAAUAACAAAUAAAACAACUUCUCGGUUGUUAGUUUUAGCUUCUUUCUCUAUAGCAGAUGGUGAAAAGACAGAGAAAUAUGAUUGGCUGGGGACCAUCCAUAAUUAUUUUACCUACGCAGGAGGAAAGAGGGUGGCUUUUGACUUGGUAGCAGGCGUGCAUGGGAUGGCUAAGGGGAAAGGUUUAAUUAUUUUUAAGGGCUAUAAUAUGACGCCAUUACGUUUGGUAAUAAACGUCAUACUAUUGCUUUGCUUUUCCAUAAUGAACUGGCUAGAUACAUCAACAGUAAUAUUAAACCAUUUGCCAUAGUGACAAAUUUAGUAAAAAUUUGCUUUUGUUGGCGUUGGUACUGUAUGACCUAAUUUUUUUCACUUAAUUAUUUUGUUCUUCGGCUGAAAGGCAUCAAUUGCAAAAAUAGAGAAAAUUAUGGAUUAAAAAGAAAAUGCAUUUUCAACUGCACCACUGCUUUAGUUUUUGACAUAUUUUAUAAGAUAUAGUAAGUAGCAUUUGAAAUUUAUUUUUAGAAGUCACUAAGCAACUGUAUAAUACCCCAGCCCUCCUUGUCCCAAUACAUCUUCCUGUAAUUAUUAGACUACAAAUGUUGAUGGAAAAUAAAAUAAAACUCCAAGGCUUAAUGCAGGGGUGGGCAAUUCGAGACCCGCCACAUUAAAUAUAGUGGCCCACCAGAUGUAUCACAAAUGAACAUAUUUUGUCAUUCAUUUAGUGAUUAUUUUCAUUUUUUGGUUUAAAUACACAUUUGAAAUAUACUUACAACUUUUUUGGUGAUGGUACGCACCAUUUUUAGCUUCCUCGCACCUUUUUAGACUGGAUAAAAAAUUUAGAUUAAAAUAAGUAAUAAAUUCUAAAACAGUUUUACUAUUGAGUAACUACUGAAAAUGAAAAGAAUUUGUGUAAACACAGCUAGGUAACUGAAACCCAAUUUUACACAAGCAUUAGAAUUAAAUGUAGAAUGAUGCAAAUCUAUAUACAGGUAUACACAUGAUGCCAAUCUAUAUACAGGUAUACACAAAAGUGCAUCUCUGCGUUUUGAAUUUAUUAACGGAAUCUUGGGAAGGGGCUCAGCCUCCUCCACAAACCUUCCCCCCCCCACCCCAUGACAACAUCUUUGUUUAUUACAAUGGCAAAUGACGGGCACCCACUUUGAUUAGUUAUCUUAAUUUGAUUUGCGAUGCACUAUAUGUUUAUUUAUUUACUAUUACAAUACUGUAUGUUACAAUUCUGAGACUAUAUUUUACUAUUUUGGGAGUUCCAGUGUAUCUAGGACUGUUUUAAGGGACUGAUUACAUUUGAAGAAUCAACAUUUUCAUACCUACACUAUUAAUUUGAAAUAUAUUUCAUACUCAAAAAUGGUGACUUAAUGUUAGUGCAUAAUGCUUCUUAAAAAAGUCAAACCAUUGUGUUUGUGUAAGAUAUCAGUAGCCUUUUCUUUGUAUGUAAUCACUUGAUAAAUUAUAUCUCAAUAUACAGGUAAUUAGCAGCAUUGAUAUCCAGAGCAUAGAACCAGUGGAUGUAAAGAUGAGAGACAGCCUCAGUAAAUCUGUUCAGUUGGCUAUUGAGAUUUCCACAAAGUAAGUUGGUGGAAGUAGUGCAUUUACAGCUCCAGUAAAUCUGUUCAUUUGACCAUUGAGAUUUCCACAAAGUAAGUUGGUGGAAGUAGUGCAUUUACAGCUCCAAUAAAUCUGUUAGUUGGCCAUUGAGAUUUCCACAAAGUAAGUUGGUUGAAGUAGUGCAUUUACAGCUCCUGUAAAUCUGUUCAGUGGGCCAUUGAGAUUUCCACAAAGUAAGUUGGUUGAAGUAGUGCAUUUACAGCUCCUGUAAAUCUGUUCAGUGGGCCAUUGAGAUUUCCACAAAGUAAGUUGGUUGAAGCAGUGCAAAUAUUUUAUGCUGUUCUUUGAAGCUACUAUUUAUAAUACGAAAAAAUCAAUACUAUUGUAGCUGUUAAUUGGUAUCCCAACUUAAUGACCAAUGAUAUUAAUAAUUACAACUGUUUGUAGCUGAAAAUGAAAUGUUCACUGUUAAACAGAUCCAUUGAAGCAGCAGCAUCCCAUGAGGCAAAGAGAGAAGAGCAGAUGGCCAAAGGUCAACUAGAACGUCAGAUUUUACAGACUGAGAAGGAAUCUGAAAGGGCAAGAUCUCAGCUGUAUGAGCUACGGGCUCUUGCAGCUGCUGUAGAGUCGACUGGACAGGCCAAGGCCGAAGCUCAGGCCCAGGCAGAACGACUUAUCAUUGAAUCUCACAGUCAUAUUGAGUGUAAGAUGGGGCAGAGAUGGAAACUGAAGUAUCAGAAAUAUUCAGCUGCAAAAUUUUUUUUUUUGAGUUAUAAUUUUAAUAUUGAAAUAUAAAUUAUCCCUGGAAAUAUGCUUAAAUAAAUAUUUUUUUUUUAUCAACUACAAAAUAUUUUAAAAAAAUUACUUUUCACUGCCUAGUCAAAAUUUAAAGGCAUGACAAUUUUUUAUGUUAAAUUAGUGAUUACAAACAUUACACAUAAUAUAUUUUGAUGUUAAAAUAUUCCAAAGAACAUUCACACAAUUUGAAAUUAGUACCAAAAACUAUCCAUUUUUGUUUAUAAAAAAUGAGAAAAGUGGUAGAAAUUUUUAAAGCUCUAUUUAAGGCAAUAAUUUUUUUUUUUUAAAUGUAUCACCAUGUUCUCUUCUCUUUUAAAAUCUAUCAAUUUCCACAUAAUUAAAACUAUUUUUAUAUUAUAGCCUAUAUCUUGACCCAAUUACACUUCAACUUUGGGCUCAAAUGCCCAGCACUCCCCUUUCCCUAUUAUGUGUUUGGAAUUUGAUGUCACAGAGUAAAGUGCUGUGUCAUUCCUUAACCAUUCUGAUUUUUUUUGUUCAAAUGCUUUCUAUCUGCUCUAAAGAAUGCCAUCAGGUGACAUUAAUUCUAGAAUUUCUUUACAAGAUGGUUCUGAUUUAAUGCCUGAAAGCAGCUUUCCUUGCCCAGAGAGAGAGAACUUGGCUAUAUUUCCUAACAUACGCAAGACAUUAUAUAAUUGCGAUACUGUACUCUUCUUGCGUGUAUGUAAAUUAAUAUUUGUAAUUUUCGAGGAGGGUACCUUUUCACUUUCAUGUGCUAAAAAUGAUAGGUUUUUCUGUCACAGUUUUAUAUAGUAUUUUUAGAUAAAUUUAAUAGUAGGCAUAUAAUUAAAUUUAAUAUUGUUGUUAUCACUAGCUUUAGUAUUGUUUUCUUUGCAUACUGUUUUUCUCAGUACUUUGUUACGUAUUGUUCAUUUUUUCAUUUUACAGAGCAAAACUUAAAAUAAAUUAUUGGUUUAAAACAUUAUUAAAGGAUUUUAUAACUAACAAAUGCAAAUAAUGAUAAUGUGAAUUCUUUUUCUUCCUAGUAUCAUUCAAACAGCUCAUACUAUUCAUAUUUAUCAAAAAAAAAUUGGUAGAUUUUUAUUAUUUAUAAUAAUAUUGGACAAACUGUAUCGUUGGUAAAUAAUAAUAGGUAAUACAAAUUACAGAGAAAUUUUCAUUUUUAAAUUGGUAACUUUAAAAGUUUACUUAAUGUAGUUCUGAAUUCUUAAAGAAUGUAACAUUUUAAUAAUCUGAAACACAAACAUUUUAAUAAUCUGAAACACAUUUCCUCAACAGCUGCACGCUUGAAAUCUGAAGCUGCUGAAAUUGAGCAUGAAGCAUCUCUGUCAACACAAAAUAAGGUCAAUAUUUUAUAUAACUUUAACACUGGGAAUGCUAGUUUGAGUUUCCUUCAAACAUUAGGUUGAAGUGUGUGAGUCAUUGCCAUAAAAUAUUAUGAUAGGCAUAUACCAGUAGUAAUAGGAACAUUGGAUAUUUUUAAUAUGGGAGGGGGGGGGAGGCGAGGAGGAGGGGGUUGGCGCUUUAUAGUGAUCAUUAGCAAUUUUUGUUCCCAUCAUCAAUAUAACAGUGUUUCCAAAUAUUUUAAGUUUGAGUUACCAGUGGGCACAUUUUGAAAUUGCACCAGGGAACGGUGCCAGAUUUCUUAAUUAUUUUUUUUUAAUAUACUUACACAUAUUUAUGUUGUGUGGACCGGAGGCAUAAGGUUCGUGGACAGGUGCCGGUCCACAGACUACAAUUGAGGGGAAUGUUUAUUUCUUAAAUAAAAUAAUCUCAAAGUAGUGCUGUUUGAUGUUAUUUAUUGUAAGUUACAAUAGGGUAGAGUUACAACUGGUUUUAUUUAAAUUUCUGCGCUAAACCCCAAUUUAACUAAACCAACAUGUCAAUUACAUAAUAUGCAUUUAUCAUAUAGAUCUAUAGGUUUAUUUUCAUAUGUGAAUGAAAUAAUAAACUGAAAUGAUUUCAUAAAUCUGUUUCCAUCACUUAUUGACAGUUUCGCUCACAUGAACUAGAUUAUCAGAAAAAGCAGAAUUUCAUUACAGUCAGCAAGGAGAAAUCAUUAGCGUCUAUUGAGGUCAGUAAACUAAUGUGUAACUUAAUUGUGACUAAAUCAACAACAGCAGCUAGACUUUACAGAAUAAUGAAACUACAUGCACCACAGUUAGUUUAAUGAAUGCUGUAUUGCAUAGGAUAAGUGAGCAUCUCCCCUAUCUAUAUAAUAAUCCUGUAAAUAAAAACUCCUUAAUUUUCAUCAGAUCAAAAGGUAAGAGAGCAGAUUUCACCCUUAAUAAAGGAGUUUUACAGUUAAGGUCAAAUUCCCAGAUGUAAUUACUACAAUGUCAGUGUAUUAAACGGCAUGGUGUAAAAUAUUAAUAUUUAUUUUUUGUUCAACUCUAGGUGAAUAAAUUUAAAGAAAUGGUCACAACUUUGGGAGCAGACACUUUGGCAGCUUUGGCAAAUGCUGGCCCAGAUAAUCAGGUCAGCCUAUUUCAUUCUUUAUUUUACUUUUCCUUAGUCUGUCUUUUUCCUUAGCUGGCUCAUCUCUGACUUUCAAUUGCUUGUCUAUAGAUGUUAUCUGUCAUUUACCUAAUAAAAUCUCAUUAUUUAAUAUAAUUAAUUGCUUAAUUAUAAGAGUGUUGGACUAGGAUAAAGCUUUCAAGUUAAUUAAUAUCAAAAUUUGUUUAAGUUGACUGCAUAUGGUAUCAACCAAAUUCACAAUUUUAUAUAGCUGAAAUGUCCUUUUCCUGUUUGGUUUUUAAAUUUGAAGUGGCUAUUCAGACCCGGGUCAGAGAAGUGAGAGGUUGGGAUUCAAAUUUAAAAAAAAUAUAUUAUUGUUAGGUUGCAAGACAAAAUUUGGUAUCAAAUGAAAGAUAAUUGAAUGGGCUAUAUGUUUGUAAACUUACUUCUUCAGUUUAACUAAAAAUAAACUACCACAAAUGACAUCUGAAUAGCUCUAGUCUAAUGGGACCCGGGUCCAAAUAGCGGGGGGGUGGGGAUUUAUAAUUAUAUCCCCAUAAACACCUGGCAUGUGAAUGACCUGCACAAUUUAAGCACUACCUAUCAAUUUAAUUUCUGUCAUUUUUUCACUAGACACAUCAUUUCAAAAUGUUCAUGUCUACUGUUUCAGGUGCGACUUCUAAAAAGUCUCGGUCUGCAAAGUGUCUUGUUGACUGAUGGCAAUUCACCCAUCAACUUGUUUACCACUGCUUCUGGCUUGGUUGGCCAAAAGUCUGGGGACUGUGCCUAGCUCAUGGGUUUAGUCUGUGAUGUUCAGAGUAAAGCUGCCAAUAUUUCACAAGUUUUCAUUUGGUGUGAACUAUUAGAAAAGCGAAUUAUUACCAGUGCUGCCACUUGCUCAUAUUUUGAUUGUGCUCAAUUACUUCAUAGGGUGGUUAGGGCUUUAGAAGUUGUGUUAUAUUUUGUUUUCAUGAGCAUUUUAUUUUGUCUUGUUUCUUGUUUGUGAUGUUGAUAAAUAAAAUAAAUAAUUGUUAAAAUUUGAUAUCAAUUGAUUCUACAAUAUUCUAAAGGUGAUGCAGUCAUGUUUUGAUUGUGAUUUAUCAAGCAAUAAAUUUGGUUGUGACUACAAGGCUUUGUCAUAUUAAUGUGCCAUAGUUAAAAGUUAGAGGCACCAGGGGGCAUGUGCUACAUAUAUUUCAUAUCAUGCAACCCCACUAAUAUUCACAUAUUCCAGUAUGCUGAGAUUCAGUGAAAACAAAUUCAUAAGUAUAAAAGUAAUUUAUAGUUUAAGUAUGUCAAUAAAUGACUAUGUAAGAGCGAUGGUGAUAUUAUUAGAAAACUGUACAACUGAUUUUAAUUAUCAUUACAGAUUAUGACAUAAAAAGAAACCUUUUAAGCAUAAAUUAUAAUUUCUUUGCAGGAAGACAGUAUGCUUCAUUGUCUUUUUUUUAAAUUUUUUUUUUUACAAUCAUUUUUUGAUUUAUCUUUAAUAAAAAGAAAGUGCUCUCUUGCCAGCAAAGUUUAAUCUUCAGUAAGUAUCCUACUUUAACUUAUCAAUUUAUUUCAAACACAAUAGAUUUGAAAUAUGAUACAAAAUGAAUACUUUUCUAAGAUGACAGUUUUUGGUGAUUGUUCUUAAAAAUGUCAUACAGCUCUAGCAAAAUGUAAAUAGAAUUGAUUUGAGUUAUUUAUAAUACUUAAAAUGAUCUGUUUCUUUUGACUUUAUAAUAACAAAUAUCAAUGUAAUGGCCACCACCUCAAAUAUUUUUAAACUUAUUGUAAAGUUUACAUUUAUACAUUGUAAAUAUUUUUUUCUAGUUUAUUUUUUAUUCUAAUUGUGUUAGGACAAAUUAAAAUAUUAUAUUUUGUACAAUA